UGAUUGGGACUAGAUUACACAAAACCAGAAUUGAUUACUGGAAGCAAAAGCUCUCUGUUUAUCAUAGGCGAACAGCUCUUUCCACCAGGAAGGAUAAACAUGAUUUUCUACCUGAGCUUCCUAGCUGUUUCCUGUCAUGUGGUAUGAUGUCGAGUACCAUGGUUACAUGAACAUUGGGUUACAAGCACCCGGGCAGCAGAACCUCUGUUACAUGUAUCUUUGUAUUGCCCACAGUACUUGGUGGUGUCUUGCACACAAAAGACCUCCACUAAGUACUGGUUGAAUGACUCAAGGCUGUCUCUCUGCAGAGAGCUCCAGGACUGGGAGUGUCCUCCCAACAUGGCUGCCACGGCCUCCCCUCUGCCGCUCGCCACCAAUGUCGCUAGUUCUGAGAACAGCAGCUACUUCUACGACUAUGACUACUACCUGGAGGAGGUGGCCUUCAUGCUCUGCAGGAAGGAUGAGGUGCUGUCCUUUGGCAAAGUCUUCCUGCCAGUCUUCUACAGCCUGAUCUUUGUGCUGGGCCUGGGUGGGAACCUCCUUCUUCUAGUGGUCUUGCUCCAGUAUGUGCCUCGCAGGCGGAUGACUGAGGUCUAUCUGCUAAACCUAGCCAUCUCCAACCUCUUGUUUGUGGUGACACUGCCGUUCUGGGGCAUCUCCGUGGCCUGGCACUGGGUCUUUGGGAGUUUCUUGUGCAAGAUGGUGAGCACCCUUUAUACCAUUAACUUCUACAGUGGCAUCUUCUUCAUUAGCUGCAUGAGCCUGGACAAGUACCUGGAGAUCGUCCAUGCUCAGCCUCACCACAGGCUGAGGACCAGGGCCAAGAGCCUACUCCUUGCUGCCACAGUAUGGGCUGUGGCCCUGGCUAUCUCCAUCCCUGACAUGGUCUUUGUGCAGACACAUGAAUACCCCACAGGUGUGUGGAGCUGCUAUGCGGAUUUUGGAGGGCAUGGGACCAUCUGGAAGCUCUUCCUCCGCUUCCAGCAGAACCUCCUGGGGUUUCUCCUUCCACUCCUUACCAUGAUCUUCUUCUACACCCGCAUUGGCUCUGUCCUGGUCAGGCUGAGGCCCCCAGGCCAGGGCCGGGCUCUGAGGAUAGCCAUAGCCCUGGUGGUGGCCUUCUUUGUGCUAUGGUUCCCAUACAACCUCACCUUGUUUCUGCACUCACUGCUGGACCUGAAAGUCUUUGGGAACUGCAAGGUCAGCCAGCACCUGGACUAUGCACUGCAGGUGACAGAGAGCAUCGCCUUCCUUCACUGCUGCUUCACUCCCAUCCUCUAUGCCUUUUCCAGCCGUCGCUUCCGCCAGUACCUGAAGGCUUUCCUGGCCACAGUGCUCAGAUGGCACCAGACACCUCGCCCUGCCCAGGCUCCACCGUCCAGCUGUUCUGAGAGUAGCAGGCUCACUGCCCAAGAAGAAAUGACCAGCAUGAAUGACCUUGGGGAAAGGCAGGCUGAGGACCCCCCCAACAAGCGGGAUGUGGGGAAAAAUUAAGCCUGAGUGGCCAUACCACAGUCUGGUGACAGCAGAUGGGACCCAGCUCAGUUGGGCAUCCACUUAAAGUCCUCUCUCCAAGGGCCUCAGUGACCAUGUUGCUAAACCCAGUGGUCAGUUCUCAGUUCUCCAUUCUCAGCCAACAGCAGCAUUUGCUCACUCCUGCCUUUUUCCUCCACUUUCUUCAUUGCCUUCCAGGACACCAUACUCUCUUGCCUGCAUUGCUGCAAUAGCUUCUCAACUGAUCUCUGCACUUCCUUUCGUCAUGCUCCCCUAUCAUCUAAUCUGCAUCCAGCAGCCAGAGUGAUCAAGAGACCCUCAGCCCUCACUCCUCAUCUCCCUCAGAGUAGCCUGAGGCCUGCCACCCACCAGGCUGCCCCUUCCCUGUAGCUCAGCUGGGGGAAUAUUGUUGCAAUAUUUUUGAAUAUUGUAUCCUUGAUGGUGGCACUAGGGUCUGGCAAUCAGGAGGUGCCAGAGGUGCUCCACCUGGGGAACUGCCCAGGAACAUGGGAGUCUACAGGUGGGAGGCAGAGUGAACACGUGUUCCUGGGGGUCCAGGAGGAUACGCCUCCCUCUGCCUCCCAUUUCCCCCUCUCAGGAGCCUUCAGGGCUCCCUAGAGCCGGCACAAUCAAGUCCAAAAUAUUUGUCCAACUUCAAGGCUGGAGCUUUCACAAGUAGAAUCCCGUACACUGUUUCACCUUUCUACUCCUCCACACCCCUUUUCAUUUCCUGGAUGCCAGGCACCCCUUGCUGUUUCUGGCACCUUCCCACCACUAUGCUUUUGUGCUUGCCGGCUCCCUCAUGUCACAGGGAUCGUUUUCCAGCUAGGUAUCCCUCCACCUUUGUCUUGUAACUGAAUCCCACUUGCUCUGGGAAACCAUUCCUUGGUCGCUCUGCCCUGUGCUUUGAGUGAAAAUCAGAUAGAGCAUGGGACUUUGGCCAAUUAUGGCCUUACAUUUCCCUGGCACAGUGAUUCAUUUAGGGAUGGGCACAUGACCCAGGUGGAGCUUGUGAAAUGUAAAACAACUACAACAUGCUAGAACAGAGGCAUGAAACUGAAGCCAAGAGAUGUGAGGUCUGGAGCUGCUCCUUUGUCAACUCGAACUUCAGAAGGUGAGGCGAUAGCACAGUGAGUGAGCAGACCCUGGGGGCAGUGUUUGAACCCCAGAAUCAAGGCACAGCUGAAGCUCAUCCCAAUCCUGGACUUGACAGUUACACGAACCAAUAAAUUCCU